CUGAUCAUCUCCACUGACCCGGCCCACAACAUCUCUGAUGCUUUUGACCAGAAGUUCUCAAAGGUGCCUACUAAGGUCAAAGGUUAUGAUAACCUCUUUGCGAUGGAGAUCGACCCGAGCCUGGGCGUGGCGGAGCUGCCCGAUGAGUUCUUUGAGGAGGACAACAUGCUCAGCAUGGGCAAGAAGAUGAUGCAGGAGGCCAUGAGCGCCUUCCCGGGUAUCGAUGAGGCCAUGAGCUACGCAGAGGUCAUGAGGUUAGUCAAAGGGAUGAACUUCUCGGUGGUGGUCUUCGACACGGCGCCGACGGGCCACACGCUGCGCCUGCUAAACUUCCCCACCAUAGUGGAGCGAGGCCUGGGCCGCCUCAUGCAGAUCAAGAACCAGAUCAGCCCCUUCAUCUCUCAGAUGUGUAACAUGCUGGGUCUGGGGGACAUGAACGCUGACCAGCUGGCCUCCAAGCUGGAGGAAACCCUGCCAGUAAUUCGCUCCGUCAGCGAGCAGUUCAAAGACCCAGAACAGACCACCUUCAUCUGCGUGUGCAUCGCCGAGUUCCUGUCGCUGUACGAGACGGAGCGGCUGAUCCAGGAGCUGGCCAAGUGUCGCAUCGACACGCACAACAUCAUCGUCAACCAGCUGGUGUUCCCCGACAACGACAGGCCCUGCAAAAUGUGCGAGGCCCGCCACAAAAUCCAGUCCAAGUACCUGGACCAGAUGGAGGACCUGUACGAGGAUUUCCACAUAGUCAAGCUGCCGCUGCUGCCCCACGAGGUCCGGGGCGCCGACAAGGUCAACACCUUCUCCAAGCAGCUCCUGGAGCCCUACAAGCCUCCGAACAAGUGA